GCUUGGGGGCACCUCGACGGCAGGGACAACUGGCGAGAGGGCGUUAUGGACAGCAACCCGGGCGUGUUCCUGAUCAACGUGCGGGCCUACUUCUACGCCGCCUGGUACUUGCUGAGCGCCGUCCUUUACGAGGCCAGCCAGUGGGGAGGGGAGUUCGGCUGCAGCAGGCAGGGUUUGGGCGGGCUCCAAGACGUCGCCAACAAGUUCCAGUACCCGGUUGCAACGUACACUACCGGUAAUUGUGUGGCAGUGUCUGACCUGGGCACGUACGACGAUGUUACUGUGGCCUUCACUUUGACGAUGACCGGCGACGCAUCCAACGUUGGUAUUGCUUCAGCGUAUCACACGGAUUCUUGGACCCCUGGGGACCUCCACAUUGGGAUUGACACGCCGGACGAAAACGGCCAGUCUUUGUUUUUUAAUGUCAAGGGCAACACUUACUAUUCAAGUGAUACUGGUGAUCGUUUCAACAAUUAUGACAUUCCCCUGAACACGGCUGUGGACAUACGCUUGGUGUACUCCAAGAGCGGAGGCACAGUGGAAUUGUAUGUGAACGGUGUCUUGACAGAGACCUUGGCGCACAACGGCGCCUAUUCGAUCAACUUCACGGGUUUGGGCGGGCUCCAAGACGUCGCCAACAAGUUCCAAAACCCGGCUGCAACGUACACUACCGGUAAUUGUGUGGCAGUGUCUGACCUGGGCACGUACGACGAUGUUACUGUGGCCUUCACUUUGACGAUGACCGGCGACGCAUCCAACGUUGGUAUUGCUUCAGUGUAUCACACGAAUUCUUGGACCCCUGGGGACCUCCACAUUGGGAUUGACGCGCCGGACGCAAACGGCCAGUCUUUGUAUUUUGCUGUCCUUGGCAACACUUACUAUUCAAGUGAUGGUGAUUUUCGUUUCAACAAUUAUGACAUUCCCCUGAACACGGCUGUGGACAUACGCUUGGUGUACUCCAAGAGCGGAGGCACAGUGGAAUUGUAUGUGAACGGUGUCUUGACAGAGACCUUGGCGCACAACGGCGCCUAUUCGAUCAAGUUCACGGCUGCAAAAAUCGGCGCCGAGCGCUUCCCCGGCAUGACCAUCACGUACGCCCUCAUCCAGAUGGUGGAGAAGGUCGCGGAGAGGAGCGACAAGGCGCGCAUCAUCACCAAGGCGAAGGUCACCAAGCUGCUGACCGCCAACAAGGCGUGCGUGGGCUGCGUCUACGAGAAGGGCGGCGCGGAGUUCCAGGAGCACGGCCCCGUGAUCCUGGCCACCGGCGGCUUUGGUGCCGACUUCACUAGCAACUCGUUGUUGGCGCAGUAUCGGCCAGACCUCAUGCACCUGCCCACCACCAACGGCGAGCACUGCACCGGCGACGGGAUCAAGAUGGGAGAGGCCAUCGGCGCGAAGUCGGUCGACUUGGAAUGGGUGCAGGUGCACCCCACUGGCCUGGUGAAGCCUGACGAUCCGGACGCGAAGAUCAAGUUCUUGGCCGCCGAGGCGCUCCGUGGCGUCGGCGGUCUUGUGCUGGAUGCGAAUGGCAAGCGCUUCGCGAACGAGCUCGGACGACGCGACUACGUCACAGGCGAGAUGUGGAAGAACAAGCCGCCCUUCCGGCUCUGCCUGAACAAGGCUGCGUCCUCGGAAAUUUCAUGGCACUGCAAGCAUUACACCGGCCGCGGCGUCAUGAAGUUCUACGAGACCGGCGAGUCCCUCGCCAAGGACAUGGGUGUCCCCCUUUCCGUGCUGGAGCAGACACACGCCGAACAUUACCAGGCUGCCAAGAAGACAGAGAAGGAUCCAGACGGUGGCUCCUAUCCAGCCUACCCCAGCGGCAAGUCUUGGGACGAGGCGAGCGGGAAGACGGGUUCGGGCAAGAAGUUCUAUCAUAACAUCAUCGACGGUCCAGCUGUGAAGACCGAGCCUUUCUACGUGGCCAUCAUCACGCCAGUGAUCCACUACUGCAUGGGUGGUCUCGAGAUCGACACAGACUCUGCCUGCCUCGAUGCAAACGGCAAGGCCAUCCCCGGAUUGUACGCUGCUGGGGAGGUCGCCGGCGGCGUGCAUGGCAACAAUCGUUUGGGCGGCAAUUCGCUGCUGGACUGCGUGGUAUUCGGCCGUGUGGCUGGCCUUGCCGCGACCAAGUACAUGCUGGGUGAUGGUUGCAAGCCAGUGAGCCUCAAGGACCUCUCUGGUGGAGGCCUCACCGGCGAG